AUGUUUUUCUCUCUUCAAAUCUUGAAAUACCCAAAUUCAUCAACAAAUUAAUCUUUUCUUCAGUUGUUUUAUAAGAUCUGUUUUGAGAAAUGGCUUUGGCUUUCACUUCUUCAACUGCAAUUCAUGAACAAUCCAAAGUAUCCCAAUUGGGUAAGUUUCAGCUAUUGGAUCAACAUAAAAUCUCAUCAAAAUUGUUGAAUUUUUCUACAAGGCGCUGUGCUGUGAAGGCAUUAUAUGCUGAGCCUAAAAGGAAUGAAUCAAUGGUUCCAUCAGCAGCAACUAUUGUUGCUCCUGAGGUAGAAGAGAAAGUAUUGGAGGCAGAGGAUUAUGAGAAAUUGGCUAAGGAUCUUGAAAAUGCUUCACCUCUUGAGAUUAUGGAUAAUGCCCUUGACAGAUUUGGAGAUGAUAUUGCCAUUGCUUUCAGUGGUGCAGAAGAUGUUGCUUUGAUCGAGUAUGCACAUUUAACUGGUCGACCAUUUAGAGUGUUCAGCCUUGAUACCGGGAGGUUGAAUCCAGAGACCUACCAACUUUUUGAUGCUGUCGAGAAGCACUAUGGUAUUCGCAUCGAAUACAUGUUUCCUGAUGCUGUUGAAGUUCAGGCCUUAGUAAGGAGCAAAGGUCUUUUCUCAUUCUACGAGGAUGGCCACCAAGAAUGUUGCCGUGUUAGGAAAGUUAGGCCUUUGAGGAGAGCCCUCAAAGGUUUGCGUGCCUGGAUCACCGGUCAAAGAAAAGAUCAGUCCCCUGGAACUCGAUCUGAAGUUCCGGUUGUUCAAUUAGACCCCGCUUUCGAGGGAUUGGAUGGCGGCUCUGGCAGCUUGGUGAAGUGGAACCCGGUGGCUAAUGUUAAUGGCAAGGAUAUAUGGAACUUCCUACGUGCGAUGAAUGUGCCUGUGAACGCUUUGCAUUCAAAAGGUUACGUCUCCAUUGGAUGUGAACCUUGCACCAGGCCGGUCCUUCCUGGGCAACACGAGAGAGAAGGAAGGUGGUGGUGGGAGGAUGCGAAGGCCAAGGAAUGUGGCUUACACAAAGGAAACAUCAAAGAUGAAAGUGUUAAUGGUAAUGGGAACGGGAAUGGCGUUGUCCAAGCAAAUGGUAGUGCCAAUGUUGCUGAUAUUUUUGACACUAAGGACAUUGUUACCUUGAGUAGACCUGGAGUUGAGAACCUAUUGAAAUUGGAAGACCGACGAGAGCCUUGGCUUGUUGUUCUUUAUGCACCCUGGUGCCGCUUCUGCCAGGCGAUGGAAGGAUCAUAUGUUGAAUUGGCAGAGAAGUUGGGAGGUUCAGGUGUAAAGGUAGGGAAGUUCAGGGCAGAUGGUGAGCAGAAAACAUUUGCACAGCAAGAGUUGCAGUUGGGAAGCUUCCCCACAAUACUAUUCUUUCCUAAACACUCUUCACAGCCAAUUAAGUAUCCAUCAGAAAAGAGGGAUGUAGACUCCUUGCUGGCUUUUGUCAAUGCUCUUAGAUGAAGGCAAAUGGUGCUUCAUAUGUCAGAGUAGUUAAUAGAAGAGACACUUAGAGUUGUCAAUAGAGGUCUUGUAUAUGUUUGGUAUAUGGUGUCCCUCCCUUAAACACCCUUCCCCCCCCCCACCAAAAGAAAAAAGAAAAAUUCUGCCAUUUAUUUCUAAAUUUUUUACUUCUUUCCACCCUUUCCUAGUCAAGAGUCCAUGUCUCGGGCCUCGAUUUUGUGUAUCUAUGGCAAAGAUCUUGGUCUUGCUGCUUUGUCAAUAUACAAAGGUCUUCUCUGCA